UUGAAAAGUGCAAAAACAACGAUCACCAUUUCUUCUCCAAAUUAUCCGAACAACUACGGUAACAACGUCGACAUUGAGUGGCAGUUGAUAGCUCCUAAAGGUUUCAGGAUUAUGGUCCAGUUUAAUGAUUUCGAUCUGGAGCCGCAAGGCACCGAUGGCGCAUAUUACGAUUCUUUGAGAGUCUAUCACGCGUUAACAAACUCAUUCGAUGACGCCACUCAAAGAGCUCGUCUUUCGGGAUCUUCCCUACCUGACAACUUUUCAUCAAUCGGAUCUUAUCUGUGGCUUCGGUUCACCUCUGAUGGCAGUGAGACGAAGAAAGGUUUUUCAUUAUUGGCCAGUGCAGUCGAACCAGUUGAAACAAGAUUGAGCUUGGUGCCGAUACUAAGCUCCACUUUGGCAUCGCUAUCCGCCAUCGCUAUCAUCAUGCUUUUCGUGUGGUUGGUCUGUCGACGAAAAAGGCUCAAGCAUGUGUCAUCUGAAGGUAUCGCCGCCUCCAGAGAGCCUCGGGAGAGUCCUGGAAUAAAGAAUAACCCGACAUUUGAAUCGUCCAAUGUUCAUGAUCUCCGGAAGUCAGACGUUGCGGAUUGCCAUGGCGGGGAUGAUCCAUACAUGGCCCUUACGACCCCCCAUAAUAGCCCUACAUUCCAAGUAUACCAAACAUUAAGUAAGGUAAACUCCCAAGGAGAUGGAUAUGAGGUACCUGUAAAUGGGUCCAAUGGUUCAGAGUUCCAAAUACGCCCUGAGACCGACUAUGAAACAACACAUAAAUACCAGGACCCUGAUAUAGUUGGAAGAAAUAUUCCGCAGUAUGAGAGUCACAUAAAUGUUCUUCAGGAAAUGUCUAAAACCGACGCUGAAACACCACAUGAGUACGAGAAUAUGAACGUGUAAUACAUGAAGUUGGGUUGUAAUAAUAGUUCAUUAAGGCGUCUAAUUCAAUCACAAAUGACCAAAUUAUUAAAGGCCACGUGAAUAGUGUUUGUUGGAAAUCCAGCAGUUCGAGAUUAUAAAUGAGUUUGGGGAAACUCUGAAGGAAUUGUUUAUGUAUAGGACCCCAUUGACGGUUAAGCUAUAAGCAAUAUUCCGUCGUCCAAAAUUCUUAUAAAUCAGCUAUAAAGGGAGACCAAUGCAAAGGAGGACCCUAAGAUUGAUGUCACUUGGGAUAUUGAAAUACCGCAGUAUCGGACUCCGGUCAACUCAGAGGACUACUCGUUCAAUAAUACUUGUAAAUAUUUUGUUUUCUAAAUAAUGAAUAAAUGUGCCUUUUCGUAAAGGAUGUUAAACUCGGACAAUUUAGUCGCUCGAAAUAUGUAA